AUGGGUGCCACCCCGUUCCACCGAUCCAUCCUCGAAGUCCGGUUGCCGAAGUACUUCAACAAACCAACGAACAUGAGGUAUGAUGGAACCCAAGAUCCUCUGGAACACCUCAUGGCCUUCGAGGCUAGAAUGAAUCUGGAGGGAGUAGGAGACGAGGUGAGGUGCCGCGCCUUCCCGGUCACCCUGGCAGGACCCGCGAUUCGAUGGUUUAACGGCCUCCCGCAGGGAUCCAUGUAUGGGUUUUCGGACAUCAGCCGUGCCUUCUUAGUUCAAUUCCCAACCCGGAUAGCAAAGGCAAAGCAUCCGAUUAACCUACUUGGGGUAACCCAAAGGCCCGGGGAGCCGACCAGAAAAUACCUGAACCGGUUCAAUGAUGAAUGCUUAGAAAUCGACGGCUUAACCGACUCGGUGGCCAGCCUUUGUCUGACGAACGACCUCCUUAACGAGGACUUCCGAAAGCACCUCACCACAAAGCCGGUUUGGACGAUGCAUGAGAUCCAAACCGUAGCCAAGGAAUACAUAAAUGAUGAGGAAGUCAGUCAAGUCAUGGCUGCCAAUAAACGGCAGCCCUCCUACAAUCAACCCAGGCAACAAGGUAACGGAGAAAGACAAAAGGAGCAGGCCAAAGACGGAGGAUCGAGUAAAGCACCCAGACCAUUUUCCCGUGUCGGAAAAUUCACCAAUUACACCCCACUCACCCUCUCCAUCAUGGAAGUUUAUCAGCAAAUAGCCGAGAAAGGAAUUUUGUCGAAGCCCCGAGAACUCAAGGACCGUACCGGGGGAAACAAGAGCCUCUACUGUGACUACCAUAAGGGCUAUGGGCACCAAACACAGGACUGUUUCGACCUGAAGGAUGCACUAGAACAAGCGAUAAGGGACGACAAACUGACCGAAUUCUCCCAUCUUAUAAGGGAGCCGAGGAGGCGACAUCACGACCAGGAUGAGGAGGGCAAGACCCGAUCGGCGAAACGGUGA